AUGAGCUGCUUGAACAAGACAUGGAGCAGUUUGGCAGGAACUUAUGGGAAGGAACAUGUGUUAAAGGUCUGCCGCGAGCGAGAUGAGCUGCGAAUGCUUCGUCGAAGCGACAAAGAGCAAAUGCGAAAGUUGUGCGAGGACGAAUUCCGGUCGGAAUUAACCAUUAUUCUGAAAUGGGCAAUGCCUGACGACGUGGUGACGUAUGAGAAUUGCUUCCAAAUGAAGGACAAACUCCUUGGUAUGCUGAACGCGGAUCCAGAAGAAAGUGAGGAAUCCUCACAACAGUCAGAGGUGUUUGCACCGGAAUCUCCUCGUGCUGAUUCUCUGACGGAG